UAGGAAGUAGAAGCAGUACAUGUAGUAACGCACAGUUUAUUCGCAGCCAGGUCUCCGUUGAUAAGCGAUGAAGACAGAAGGCGAUCGAACUGCGAGGAUUUGGGUUACACACGAGAAUUAUAGAGAUUGAUCCAGCUAUGGAGGAGCCCCGCAUGUCAAGUGACACACCAGACUGGCAGUCUGCCACCGACUUCGCCGAGACCAAUUUGGCGAUGUUGACACGCAAGAUUGCUUGUGAUGUCAUUUUUCGAGUUGGAGUUUAUAGGGAGAUAAUCACGGCGCAUAGGUUCAUUCUGGUCAGCAGAAGUUCUGUGUUUUUGUCCAUGUUUUAUGGACCCCUAGCCGAGAAAGAUGAGGUUGACAUCCCAGAGAUUGACACACUGGUGUUUCACAGUUUUCUAAGGUACCUGUACAGUAACUGCGUGGAACUGACCACAGACAACGUUUCUGGGCUGCUGUAUGCUGCAAAGAAGUACUCCGUGAAAUCUCUUAGUGAGAAAUGUGUGAGGUUUUUAGACUCCGCCCUCAAUGCAGAUAAUGCAUGUGACAUCUUAGAGCAUGCGCAUGUCUACAGCGAGGAAGGCCUUGCUGAGGCAGCACUGAGGGUCAUCACUGUCAACGCAUUGGACGUCUUCAAAUCUUCAAGUUUUAAAGAAAUAUCAAGACAUUGUCUGAACAGAAUAUUCAAAUCAGACGAGGUGCGAGCAGACGAAAUGAGCGUGUUCUGUGCUGUCCUCUGGUGGGCAGGGGCAGAAUGCGUGAGGCAGGGAAGGGAGAUAACUCCUGAAUCAAAAUACGAUGUGUUACAAGAUUCUAUCAGCUACGUGCGAUUCCCACUCAUUGGACUGAAGUCGUUUGAAAAGUGCAUUGGGAUAUUAGAUAAAGACUGGCUUAGUCUGCUACGACCGUUCUUUGCCACUAAAAUGGACAUUGAUGACUCUGCCUCUUGUCUGUCAGCGCGGCCUCGUAAACAACCCCCAACCAGAGUAAACCGGUUUCUGACGACAGAAGAAUCACUUUCGUGGACAUUCAAUAGCAAACGGUGUGACGCCAUAUCAUUCUCGUGUGACAGACCGGUAGAACUACUUGGGGUAAUGCUAUAUGGAGCUUUCCCAGCCCGAGACGCAGACGACGUCAUAUCAUAUUCUGUCGAAUGCAGUGUUGAAGAGGAUCUACGACAAGAUUAUCUAUCCCGUACAUUUUUCAAAGGCGGUAAUGUAUUGGAUGGAUCUAAUGUGGAGAAAACAGUUUUGGUUAGUGCCAAAGAAUACUACAUCGAAGUGCUUUUUGCGAACCCCCUGCAACUGUCCAAGGAUUUGAAGUAUACGAUUCUACUGAAUGUUUGCGGACCUGAUUCUAGAAGAGGGUGCAAGGGCCGCUCUACCUGCGUGGAAGAUGAUGUCUGUUGGACGUUUUAUUCGUCGUCAAAGAGCAAGAACAGUACAGACGUGGAGCACGGACAGAUUCCUGGUCUCAUCUACUGUUGUCGGUAAAAAGACAGUCCGCUACUUACUGCCACCAGCUCACUGUUAACUGUUCAUCUGUUACACCAUAACGUUAUUCUGUUAUUAGGAAAUCCUAAUCACCCAGCACCCAUGUCUCCAUAGUUUUAUAUAUCUAUGUGCCAUCGAAAUUGUACCAAAUAAAGAAAUAUUUUAGGCUGUUUCUAUA